CACGCUGUUCCAUCAUCACUACAACAGGCACUCCUUUUCCAGCUCCGUCGUCCAUCAGGAGCCAUCAUGCAGCAGAUACGAGACGAAAGUGACUUUGACCAGCUCCCACAUAACAUUCCUGUCAAUGCCACCAUUGCUGAUAUUGAGGAGAAGAAAGGCUUCAUCGACUACUAUAAGUUUGUGAUCGAGGUGAAGACUAAAGGAGGGAGCAAAUAUUUGAUCUACAGGAGGUACAGAGAAUUUUUCAACCUUCACCAAAUUCUCGAGAGCAAAUACUCCCCUGAAAUUCCAGACAGAACUGGUCCCAACACCUGCGUCCUGCCUUCAAUUCCAGGAAAAGUCUACAUUGGAAACAAAAAGGAGAUUGCAGAGAGCAGAAUCCCUGAACUCAGCACGUACAUGAAGAGGUUGCUUGGUCUACCAACAUGGCUGUUACUGGAUGAAACUCUUAGGAUGUUUUUUUACCAGUCCGAUCAAGACAGUCAGCACCGACCUCAAGCUCUCAGACGUCUUCGUCCACCUACCCGCAAAGUGAAAACUGUCAAACCAAACAUGGACAUUUUCUCCUCCCCCAGGGCUGAGGCAAUGUUUGACUUUCGCGGCAACAGCAAGACAGAGUUAAACCUGAAGAGAGGAGAAGUGAUCUUCCUGCUGCGACGAGUCAACGCUGACUGGCUGGAGGGUACAGUGAACAAUCAAACAGGUAUUUUCCCAGAAUCCUUUGUGAAGAUUAUCAAACCCCUUCCAGAGAGUGACUCAGAAGGUGAAGGUGGAGGCCACACGUACAGCUGCCUACGCUGCUUACUGCUCACCCCAUCUGGAGUUGAAACCAGAGAUGUGUGCGUACAAGAGGAUCUCAACAUCCAACCGACACACAAGGACCUGCUGUCUCGCAUGAGAAACGUAUUCCAGGUGGAAGACAUUGCCCUCAACUACCGUGACCCAGAAGGCGACCUGAUCCGUAUUCUCGAUGACGAGGACAUUCAGCUGAUGAUCAAGGAGGCCAGAGGUCAGCAGGGCAAGAUCAACAGACCUGUCAAUCAGUUUCCAUGGGAACUUCAUGUGACCUUGACCUCCGACCUCUCUGUUUACAGCACUGAAGCUUGAGAG